AUGUCCACCGCCACUUCAUCCACCGGAGGAGAAUCUAGAGGUGGCGGUGGUGGCUCUCCCAGCCAGAAUGCAGCGUCACUUGGUUUGGAUGAAUUCAAGCAGCGCAUAAAGCUGGGUCCGAGUUUGGUAGAGUUCGUGCAGGCCUCGGGUCAGCCGUUGCCGCCCGCCGGGAUGUGUUCACCUUCGUUAAAACGC